AUGGGGACGGCGUUGGGGGACUUGAAUGCCCCACCGCCGUUGAACGCACGGCGGCCGGCGGCGCCCACGCUUCCCAGCUUUGAGCUGCCCCCGCCGAACUUUCAGAUCAACGUCGGGACCCCCAAGUAUCCGCUGCAGUCGAAUACGCACCCUCCAGCUCAUCCCAGUGUGAGCAGUCUGUUGACACCGCCGGCCUCGACGCAGGCCGGCGAGGUGACCGCUCCCAGCACGGCCGCGCCGGCGACCACCGUGUCUGCAACCUCGGACGUGACGCCCUCGUAUGGGACGGCGUAUUGGCAGGGACACAGCGGCUACGGAAGUACGCCCGGGCCGCGGCAACCGUGGACUGCGGGCAGCAACCAGUCAUAUCCCACGCGGGACUCGUUCUCGCCAUCGACAUUAAACCCAUUGAGCCGAAAUCAACCGACAUCGCCCCCCGUGACCGAAGGCAUGGCGCAACCCUACGACAUGCACCACCUCCCUCCGUUCCAGCAAUCGCUUUCCGUCCCCCCGUCAGGUCUCCCGACCGGAACCGCACCGCAUCCCGCCAUGACGCACGCCAUGUUGGCCAGUCCCACGGGACUACCGAACCCCGGGCCCUCUCCGCACCUCCUCCCAUCGAAUGACCCCUACGGACCCAAAUCGCAGCCGGCACCCGUCUACGGGGGAGCACAGCAGAUCCCCAGCCCGCACCAGACCAGUUUCCCACCGUACGGACAGCCGGGGCUCGGCAUCCAUCCGCCGGGCCGCGUUUCGUCCACUCCGACCCUCUCGGCCACAGGGCCACCACCUCACCUGAACUAUUCACGCCAGCCGUGGCCGUCGUACUCGCUGCCGGCGAUGAACGGGCCGGUGAUGACGAACAUACACAGUCCAAACAGCCAAAUGUCGUUGCUCGGUAGCAUGCAACCAGGCAUCCUCCCCGGUUUCAACAGUGGCCACGUGGCCAGCAUGCAGCAAAUGUACGGCGGGCACCCGCCGCACCCUAUCCACCAGCCGGGGCCGACCAACGACCGGCCGUUCAAGUGUGAUCAGUGCCCGCAAAGCUUCAACCGGAAUCACGACCUGAAACGACAUAAGCGCAUACAUUUGUCGGUGAAGCCGUUUCCAUGUACGCAUUGCGAUAAAAGUUUUUCCCGCAAGGAUGCAUUGAAGCGACAUAUUCUGGUCAAAGGAUGCGGCAAGGACGGGCCGAAGACGAGCACCGCCAGUGUCAAGGAGGAGGACAAGGAGGGCGUUGAUACCAAUGGGCACAGCUGA